GGCAAAAAUAAUUGCGAGUAAUUUUUCUUAAAAUUCGUGUUAAAAUGGCCUAAAAUUGCACAAAAACCAUGUCAAAAUUAUAAAUGAACGACGUUCGAUCGUGAUAAAAGUGAAAAAUUGUAAAGAAAAACUACGAAAAAGGUAAAAACUGCUAAAUUUCGUUUUGCAUUCCAUCACUUAGUGAAAUGUCGCUUCGUUUCAGACAGAAAAAUGGCAUUAUUUAAGAAAGAUAUCGCCCUUUUGGUGUUGCAAUACUUGGACGACGAAGGAUUAAAGAACGUUUAUCGGUCAUUUUGCAAGGAAAGCUCACACCUUAACGGAUGAAUGGCAAGCACUGCAACGCGGCCUCAAACGCGUCAAUUUUUCAAAGAGUUUGGACAAAUGUUUACUGGAACAUGCAAAAGUCGAAGCCACAAUUCGGGAGUUUAUGCAGUUUGAGAACCUGAAAUUCGAUUCUGGAUGUGAUACGGACAAGAAACUCGAACAAGUGCUGCGAUAUUUUCGGCCCGUGUUUCGAGCGCCCGCAAAUAAGAAGCAAAAACGUCGUUUUUCGAAUGUUGACAAGUCGGAUAGUAGUCCGGUGAUGCAUCAUCGGUCCCCGAAGCGCGUCAAAAAGAACCAAGAAUCGUAUUAUUCGCUUAAAUCUGCGGAUACUUCAUCGAGUGACGACACAGAUAAUGAAGGGGCGACCGAGAUUGAUAGUUCUUUUCAUACGGAAAAUGCUGGAGAGGAAGCCGAACAAUCAGUACUAAACACGGAGGAUCAAGUUGAGAUUAUAACAACUGCUCGUGAUACCCUUUUGGACAUGCCAGACCUUUUUUCGACAAUUGUCGCGGAAAAAAUUAACGCUUUGCCGACGGAUCAGGCAGCAGAUCUCAAUCCAAAAGCAGUAAUUGAGGAAUUGGAGAAGGAUCAGCGAUUCAACGAUGUCUUUCAAGAGUUGCUUGAAAUAACGGCGACACAAAAAGAUUUGUCGUAUCACGAGGAAAACGUCGAAAAUGAAGAAGAAGAGAAAGAAGAAGAGCAGAGAGAGCUACGAACACGCACGAAACAAAUAAAUUACAACGAAGUAGCAAAAGGAAAGCCGAAAAAAGAGAAGCCAGUACCAAAAAGACGCGGUCGAAAGAAGCAACCGCCGGUAAAAACGAUGCCAGUUGCAAAACCGAACGAACGAGUGAUCGAAACAGUGCUCGGAAAUGGCGAAAUUCUAACAAAAGCCGUAAAAAUCGACAAAAAAUCCGUCAAACCGCUUGGCGAAAGUGACGAACAUACGCCACAAACACGCGUUCAACCCUUUAACAUCCCGUCAAUGCCUUCUUUGAGUACUCCCAAAAUCGAGUAUCCAAGCGGCAUCACAGUUUUAUCCUCAGUUCCCGUCCAAUGUGUGCCAGCACCGCAAAUUGACUCAAAUACGAUCAUCUUACCGUGUCAUCCGACCCCCUUGGGCAACAAUAUCAUCGUCGAUGUCACCCCAAAUACCCUCAAAUACUUAACAGAAGCUUCUGCACCGCUACCGCCUCUUGUUCAAACAACAACAACUGCAACUGUGACCAAUUCUGUGGCAACUACGCAAGAAAUUCACGUAGAAACAGCAAAAGUUGAAGUCAAAUCGACGCCUGAAAACACUUCUCAAGCAAUUAAUAAGCAAAAAGUAUCGAAAUGUCUGUCGACGCCAACGCGAAAACUCGCUCAUGUGCGAACGCUGAACUUUAAGACGCCCAAAAAGCUGAAUACGAUCAUCGAUGAGAGUUUGAAUGAGGAUCCGGAAGUCACGGUUAUCGAUAAAAGACAGCCAUCGUCGUGCCCGCCAGAGAUUAAGGGAUUGACGGAUGAUCAAGGGAUGAAGAGUGAUGUGGAAAGUGGGUCAGCAGAUGAAAAAAUUAAAGAAAGUGCAAAAAAGGACAAAAAACUCAUUAAAGAAAAUUCUGCCGUCAAACCAACCUCAGAUAAGACUGAAAACUCCGCCUUAGAAGUAUGGAAUCGCAUGCGAAGUGCGAGCAAAAACAAAAAUUGGGACCAACAUUUACGAGAAGUCAACAGAACGCAAGAAAUUUCAGUUGCUUCUGAAGCUCUAAAGGACACCGCGAAGAAACGCCGAAAGAAACCACCCGCCAUCCAAGAGGAAAAUGCGGAAAAAUCUCCCACAAACGAGCCAACUAACGAAAAGUUGUACUUUAAAGUCCCGACACCAAGCAAAAAAGUACAAAAAGUGCGUCCUACCCCACAGCUCGUACUGCCGGAGGAACCAAAGCCAGUAAUUCCGCCAACAAUCCCGCUGACAGAACCGUCAAUAAUUACUUCUCCCGUCGCAUCCACAAGUCAUGCGAUUAUGAGUCCCCCAAGUUCCGCCAACGAAUCCACAAUUUCGAUCAUCGCGAUGCGCAGCACAAGCAACGAACCUCUGCAGAUCUCCUUGAGUCAAUUGGCGUCAGUUUUUCCCGAUACACCGUUUAAGGAGAACAUGCUGAAUAUUCCCGUGACACCCCAAAUUUCCGCAAAUCCGAAUAUUACGACGCCUUUCACGAAAUUUUUGAAUGAUCUCAACUUGCAUUCGAUUAUUAAAAAUACUGACAUCGCCACGCCAUCAUUUGCGAAGACUCCCGGCACGGAUCAACGAGUUUCGCCGCGAAGUACGGAAAGUAAGCUCGCAAGUGGUUAUAGUAGUCGAGCGACAGAUUAUUCGUCGGGCAGCUCGUAUUACAAACCGGACGAAAUGGAGAAUAAAAUUAUCGAGCAAAUGAUAAAUGCGGAACAGAUGAAGGCGUCAAAGGAAAAAUUACAGAAACAGUCACACACAGAACAAGGAAAAGUACAAGAAAAGAAGGAAAUUGAAGAGAAAAAGAAGAAAGAACCGGAAAAAAUUGCCGAACCAAGCAGUUCAAAGAAACACCCGGAAAGCUUAAAUCCCGAAAAUAUUCUGAAUCGAUCAUUUGGAGGCCCCGACGACGACGAAGAGACCCGAAAUUUGAACACGCCCGAAAAAAGAGCUCGUCAAGUGGCCCAAUUGGAAGAGAAAAAGGCACGAACUAUCCGAAUUCUCAAAGCUCAGAGUCAAAAUAGCAACAACAGGAAAAAAGUCAUUCAAAUUCCGCCGAGACAAGGCACUCACUUGACGGAUUUCCGACGUAAAAAGCUGUCUAAAAUCGUAAAUACCGCAAAAAAAUCAAUUUCACCGAAGAAACCUGUGGUUACGAAGCCAACAGUCGCUGGCGGAAAAGAUUUACGGAAAAUUGCGCCCACAACUAGAGCUUCAAGCGCUAAAAAACGACCAGCAGAGAAGAAAUCCGUGGAAGAAAAAAAGAAACCUGUCGAAGAAAAGAAAGAAAUUCUUCGAAAAUCGCCUCGAACGUUGCCCAAACAGCCUCCUCCGUCCCAAAAACCCGAACCAGCUCCCACAAAAAAGGAAAAAUCUCUCAACCUUUCGUCAAGUUCUAGUUCCUCGAGUUCCUCUUCGAGUAGCAGCGAGUCCAGCAGUGAUUCUGAGUCAGAUUCUGAUGUCGAACUGAAUCACGAGCUAAUCACAUGUGCCGACAAAACCCGUUUCCUGUCAAUUCAGGAAGACCCAACCUUUGAAAAACGUCGUCAAAGCACCGACGCCCCCAAAUUACGCGCAAAACCCUUCGCCUUACGCAUCAAAGAUCGCAUUAUCAAACUAACGACGUCCGAAACCAUCAAUUUAUACGAAGCCCGUUCCGAGGACGAGCGACGAAAACAACGCACCAGCUCGGGAAGUGCCAAAAAACAAGGCGUUCGCGUAAAAAUGGAUCAAUCCGGCUUUGAAUAUGUCUCGUCGCCGCAACAUGGAUCACCAAUGUCGUCAUCGACGCCCGUCGCAUCGGCGGAAAAAAAGCCACAUCGCCCCAUAAUUCACAUUCACAGCAAGACGGGAGAGGAAAUUGUGCCGACGACGCCCGAACAAAAGCAAAAAACAGCAAGAAUGCCGCUGAAAAUUGACAUGAAGCAGAAUCAGCAGCGCCGGGACCAGACGGAGAAACCACCAGCGGAAGAUGCAAUCGAUGCCUUGCUGAAUCAGCUGCAUCCGAGUUAGAAAAUUCCGGGGAAGGUCUUCAGAGCUGGUCUCCAAAUCUAAAAAAAAAAUUGAGGAAAAUUCUAAAUUUUGAGUGUUUUUGUGUGCUUUGCUUGAAUCGAUACCAAAAUAAUUUGUAAAUACGAGAGUUUUAUAGAUUUAAUCAAAAAAAGUAAGAAAUCGAAGCUAAGAUAAAUAUAUUUGUAGUAGAGAGAUAUCAGAUUUAAAUAUUUUUAU